ACUAUAAUUUAUAGACAGUGAAAUUAUAAAUGGGUUUUGUUCCUAAAAAAAAAUUCAAAGUGGAAAACCCAAAAAUAGAGACAACAAUAAACCACUCAUGUGAUUUUCUAAAUAUGUUUCUUUAGAAAGUUGAAUUUUUUUUAUUUUUUUUUGGUUAAAAUUUUUAUUGUUUGAAUGUUUCAAAAUAUCUGUGCGCAAUCUUGAUUUUGUCCCUGAAGGUUACAGUAGAUCAGCCUUCCAAUGAACUGAUUUUUUUCUGGGAUUCUUUUCAUAAUUUUAUGGCAGUUAAAGGAUUAGUUUUGUAGUUUUGAGUUCAAAGAUGAUGGAGAGUUAUAGUGAGUCUGAUGAAGAAUGUUUUUUUGAUAGCCGUGAAGAGCUUAGUUCUGUUUCUGAUUUCGGUUCUGAUAGCAACGAGACGUGCACUCAUAAUAGGGGUGAUGAGGGUGUUUUAGGAUAUGACUUUUGGAAUAAGGAUCCCGAAAGUGUUGGUGAGCGUCGUGAUAGAUUUUUGAAGUGGAUAGGUUCGAGUGCGAGUUGGUUCAGACGUGAUAGACAAGAACACGGUGAUGUAAUAACUACUGAUGACAGCAAGAUUGGCUUAGAUAGAAUUAGGGAUGGUGGUGAAACUGUGCUGGCGAAUUCAGAUUCUCAUGACGGCUGUUUCUCAGGCCGGUCUUCUCAAUCCUUCCAGUCUAAUGAAGCUUUAGAAUUGGACGAGGAUGGUGCAAGAGAUGUAAGGUUGCAUUUGAAAUUUAGGAAUUUAGACAAUGGAGUAGAGUUUGUUCUGGAUGAAUUUAGUCAGGAAGGUAUGCUUAGCCAAGUACGUGAAGUAGGUUCAAACAAGUUGUUCACUGCUGAAGAGUUCCUGAAUACUCUUAGGCCAUCGCCUUUGGUUCAGAAAUAUCUGCGUAGAGUGCCAGAUGGAAUUGAUGUAGUUGACGAGGCUAAGACUAAAACUAAACGAAGUUGGCUUCAAAAGCUAACUGUUGCAACCCAUAAUAAGGUGAAGUCAAUGGGGGACAAAGUGAAGGGCAAGGAAUCGAAUUUAAAGUCCGGUACUAACAUUCAGAGAAUUCGGGUCCACACAUAUGGUAAGGAGUCAAAAGAACUGUCCUCACUUUACGCAGGGCAAGAGUUUGUUGCACACGAAGGCUCAAUUUCGACAAUGAAGUUUAGUCCUUGUGGCCAGUAUCUAGCAAGUGCUGGCAAAGAUGGCUCGGUGCGCAUUUGGAGGGUGAUUGCAGAUGAAAUUCCAAACAACGUGAAAGCACAUGAUAGUGACUCCUCAUCUUUGUACUUUGCAUUGACUCAUACGUCAAAAUUAGCUUCUCUGAACGACAACAAAGAGAAAAUUAGUGGGUCAAAAAUGAUGAGGAAAUCAUCAGAAUCAGCUUGUGUCGUUCUCCCACCGAAGAUUUUCCGGAUAUUGGAAAAGCCAUUGCAUGAGUUCCAUGGACACAGGGGUGAGGUCUUAGCCCUUUCAUGGUCUAGAAAUGGGUAUCUGCUGUCAUCUUCAGUUGAUAAAACAGCUCGUCUCUGGCAAGUGGGAGAAGAUCAAUGCCGUGGCGUUUAUUCACAUAAUAACUAUGUCACUUGUGUAGAAUUCAAUCCAACGGAUGACAACAUUUUCAUCAGUGGUUCAAUAGAUGGGAAAAUACGUCUCUGGGAGGUGCAUGGUUGCCGAGUAAUUGAUUGGAUUAAUGUAAAAGAAAUAGUAACUGCUGUUUGUUAUCGUCCUGAUGGAAAGGGGGGUGUUGUGGGAUCCAUGGAUGGCAAUUGCCGUUUUUAUGAUGUAGUAGGUAAUGAAUUGCAGAUGGGCUCACAAGUAUCCCUUCCAGGAAAGAAGAAGCUUGCUCGCAAAAGAAUAACUGGAUUUCAGUACUGCCCGAACGACUCAAGCAAAGUCAUGGUAACUUCUGCUGACUCACAAGUUAGAGUACUUUGUAGAUCCAAUAUCAUCUGCAAAUUCAAAGGAAUUCGAAACUCAGGGAGCCAAUUUCCUGCAUCUUUCACCUCAGACGGGAAACACAUCCUCGCAGUUACCGAGGAUUCAAAUGUUCAUAUCUGGAACUACACUGACCAGGGCCGGACAACAAACAAACUUAGAAAAGUCCGGUCAUCAGAGAGUUUCUUUUCCAACAACGCGUCAGUUGCCAUACCCUGGUCAGGCUUCAAGACAAACCCCGGAACACUACCUGGAAGUAAUCUAGAAAACGGGAAUGUCAACAGGAACCCACUGUCAAAGACUUCCGACUGUUUCUCCUCCCUGGGGCGUGCAUUUUUGGUAGACUCACUAUCUAAGGGAACAGCGACAUGGCCGGAGGAGAAGCUCCCUAAUUCUUCAAGUCCAGUAACCGUGUUCCCCUCGGUAUGCAAAUCCGAGUACAAGUUCUUGAAAAGUGCUUGGCAAGGUGCAUUAAGCUCUCCUCAUUUGUGGGGUCUCGUCGUUGUCACUGCCGGAUGGGACGGAUGCAUUAGGACAUUUCUCAACUAUGGUUUACCAAUUCGUUUUUGAAAUCUGUAUUCGUUUGUAAAUUGUAAAUUAUGAUCAAAUUCUCUUUGCUUUGAGACCAAAGUGCUUCAAAUUAAGGAGGAAAAGAUCCUACUGUUUAUAGGUUAACUAGUAUAGGAUUGAUUGAAGGUGGCAUAUAUUGGUCACACUUUCAUGCAAGUAAUUGUUCACAUAAAUCUAUUGAGAUAUAUAUACAUAUUCUUUUAUUUGUUUGAA